UAAAGGUCCGUUUCAGCAGUUUCUCUACCAGAACUUCUGCGUAAGGACGAGGCAAAACUUUCUUCCGAACUCUGCCUACAUUCCUUAUCAAGUGAAAAUGUCUGAGAACGCCGCUCGUCUGAACAAAUUCAAGAACAAGGGCAAAGAUGCUAACGAGCUUCGACGCCGGAGGGUGGAGGUGAAUGUCGAGCUUCGUAAAGCCAAGAAAGAUGAUCAGAUGUUCAAAAGGAGAAAUGUGGCUGCGUUUCCUGACGAAGUGACCUCUCCUCUGCAAGAAAAAAGCCAAAACAGUCAGGUCUCCAGGCAUUGGACAGUUGAAGAAAUUCUGACCGGAGUGAACAGCAGUAACACAGAAUCUCAACUCCAAGCUACUCAAGCUGCACGGAAGCUGCUGUCCCGUGAGAGGCAGCCGCCCAUUGAUCAGUUAAUUGCUGCUGGUCUGAUCCCAAAGUUUGUUGCCUUCCUGGGGAUGACUGACUGCCCUCCAAUCCAGUUUGAGGCUUCCUGGGCUCUGACAAACAUUGCCUCUGGAACAUCUGAUCAGACUGCUGCUGUUGUGGAAGGUGGUGCCAUUCCUGCAUUUAUUAGCUUGGUGCAGUCACCCCACCAGCACAUCAGUGAGCAAGCGGUUUGGGCCCUUGGAAAUAUUGCUGGUGAUGGGGCAAUUCUUAGAGACAGAGUCAUCAAGCAUGGAGCUGUAGCUCCUCUGCUUAGUCUGCUGGGAAUUGUAGACCUAUCUGCAAUAAAUCCCGGCUACCUGAGGAAUGUCACAUGGACACUGUCAAACCUGUGUCGCAACAAGAACCCAUCCCCUCCUCAGGCAGCAAUUCAACAGAUCCUGCCCACCCUUAUCCGCCUCUUGCAUUGUGAUGACAAAGAGGUGCUGGCUGAUGCUUGCUGGGCUGUUUCAUACCUGACUGAUGGGGCUAAUGACCAAAUUGAGGUGGUGAUCCAGACGGGCUUGAUUGUACGUCUGGUGAAGCUGCUUGGAUCUGGAGAGCUCUCUAUUGUGACCCCCUCACUGCGUGCAAUCGGCAACAUUGUGACUGGCACUGAUGAUCAGACUCAAUUGGUACUUGAUGCUGGAGCUCUCACCAUGCUCCCCCAACUGCUCUGCCACAAGAAGGCCAACAUCCAGAAAGAGGCAGCCUGGACUUUGUCCAACAUCACUGCUGGGAGGAGCACCCAGAUCCAGGAGGUCAUCAAUGCAGGCAUAAUUCCCCACUUACUCAAAGUGCUUGUGCAGGGUGAUUAUAAAACACAGAAGGAAGCUGUAUGGGCUGUUACAAACUUCACCAGUGGAGGCACUGUUGAGCAGGUGGUCUACCUUGUUCAAGCCAAUGUGUUGGAACCGCUUCUGAAUCUCCUCUCUUCAAAGGACAGCAAAACUAUCCUCAUCAUCUUGGAUGCCAUUUCAAAUAUCUUCAUGGCCGGUGAUAAGAUCGGGGAAUCAGACAAGCUUGCUCUAAUGAUUGAAGAAUGUGGUGGACUAGACAGGAUUGAAGCACUACAGUCUCAUGAGAAUGAGAUGGUCUACAAAGCAGCACUCUCUUUGAUUGAGAAAUAUUUCUCUGGAGAGGAUGAGGAAGUCCAAUGUAUUGCCCCAGAAACAACAAUUGAUGGCUACGCUUUCCAGAUCAGUGAGAAGCCCAACGCUUUCAACUUCUAGAUAUUGUCUCUUAUUUGAUUGUAGACUUCCACUUUUUGUGUUAUGUAAAUACUGUUAUGUGACUGUAAAUAAAGUACUUGUUUUAUUCAA